GCUCUUUGUUUGUUUUGAAAAUAAUUUAUUUAAAUUCCCAGUACCUGUCGAAUUAAUCAGGUUUCGUCACUUGCAGAAAUAUUUAUUCAUGAGCAUAUUUAUAAACAAAAUAUGUGAUAUUUGGUAACGAGGAUUAGCCAGCGAACGAGAAUGGCGUCUUUGGUAGUGUUAUGCUUAUUCUCAACUUUAUUUGGUCGACUUUAUGCUGGUCGUUUUCUCUCUCAGUCGCUGAAGUUUAAUGCGUACGGAGUGCCAGAAGGAGACGAUUUCAAGUUCACGUGCUCAGUCACACACGAAGACAAAAGACCAGAAAUACAAUGGUAUUUUGUGAACACCAUAACGUCGACGAGGAAAAACCUCACGGGCUUCAAAAACAGUGGAAAAGAUAAAACAGCCACAGUGGAUUAUUAUAAAACCAAUGCCAAACUUGAGGACAGCGGGGACUAUCAUUGCUUUGCGAAGGUCGGUGAAGAAGAAUACGAGCAGAAAGCCAUCGGUGUUAUCCCCAUAUAUGUUUUCAAAAAGGAAGAUAAACCAAUAGUGAGGACACGAAGGGAUAGAGCGAAAGACGGCAAGUGGAUCCUUACCUGUGAGGUGUAUCCCAAAGGUAGCGGCUUCCUGUCCUGGCAUUACGACGGCCGACGAGUUACAAAAGAGGAGAAAAAUAAGUUCGAUGUAGAAAUUAUGGUCGACAAACUAAAAUACGAGACUUCAACAAAGGGUGAAUACAAAUGUCGAGGAAAUUGUUCAUUGGGUGGAUACAGAUAUUAUUUAAGUUCAUCGUAUAUCACAGCGGCGUCUGGUUGGUCCUACACAACAACACAAACGACAUUCUUUACAACGAUUUUGUUCUGUUUUGCCGCCAUCUUAAACCUUGGAUAACGAAAACAACAUGGCGGAUUUCUCGGAGAAAGGUUUGGAUGUGUUUGCAACAGUGUGGAACGGUAUCUUUAUUCGUAUUUCGAUAUUUGUAGAAGUAGGAUUUCGGAUUGUCGCAUAGUCUUCGCAUGCAAACGAGUUUUUUCUUCACUACGCUUAAUUUUAUUACAGUUGUAAUAUAUUUCCAAACGGCUUAAGAAAUUGAACGGGUAGUUAGCAAAUCGAUAGCUCGUAAAUGGCUUUUUUUUUAAAAAAACAGUCGCAUCAAACGAAUAUAUAAUAACGCAACGCUAGGCAAGUGAAAGUUCAAAUUACGAAGAAGUGUUUUUGCAUGGUAAAAGUUUCAGAUAUAUUCAAUGUAUGACAGUUCAUAAAAGCUGCUGGUAACCACGGCUAUAGGUUAAAUAUGAUAAUACCCAUUCUCGCCUAAAAAUAUGUUAACGUGAUAACCCGUGUGCUUUUAUUAAAUCUUUUUUCCCAAUACAAACAAGAUAUAUAUUUAUAUUUUUUAAAGCCAA